AUGGCGACGCGAUGGCAGCGCUGCGCGCAGCAGCUCUCGUCCCACCCGUACCACUCCGCGAUAUCGUCCUCGCCGUCCUUCUCCCUCGGCGCGCGCGGCGACGACGACCACGACGGUGAUUACGCCGCCGCCGGCAACAGCCUCGCGCCUCACGAAAGCGGCGGCGGCGGCGUCGCCGGCGCGCUGGCCUCGCCUCGGAUGCCCGGCGAGCUGCCCCCGGGCGCGGUCUCGGCGUCCGACCGCUUCUUCGUCUCGCCGGCGCCCACGGCCUCGCUCGUCGACGACGACACGGCCGCGGGCGAGGCCCUGCGAGGAGCGGCGGUGCUGGUGGAGACGUACUCGAGCGACCCCAGGGCGGAGUUCCUGGAGUCCAUGGCCGACAUGGCGGCGGCGUGCGGCGCCGAGGGGAUGCCGGAGCCGGAGUACCGGGAGUUCAUGGAGGAGCUCCUGUCCUGCUACCUGGACCGCAACGACCGCGGCGUCCACCGCCACGUCCUCGCCGCCUUCGACGACCUCACCGCGCGCCGGUGGCCGCACAAGCGGAGGAGGCCCAUCCUGGGACUGAUGAAGAUGAAUCCUUGUGUUUCCGGCAGAUGGUAA